GGGCUGCAUUCUAAUAAGCUAGUCCAAAAUAGUUCGUGGAAUACAUCUUGAUGUAUUGAAUCGCGUUGCAAAAACAAGCUACUUCUUCGCAUUACGCGUCAUGCGAGCGCAUUCAAACAGGACUCAGUGUACAGCUUUUUCUGUUACAUUAGUAAUAACAGCAGCAUUGACUGAAGACAGCAGGAGCGCAAAGACAACCCUUGUAUCUCUGAGUGCAGCGCCAACGGAGGAAUAUUUGAGCUUUUAUUUACUCUACGGCUUGUUGUUCAUUUUUUUCUGCUUUAUGGUUACUUGUACAGUCACGUGUGACGAUUUCUUGAAGCUGAACGUACACCGACUUCUUCUCACCUGGAGGCUCUUGUUUUCCUAUUGGAAAUAACGCUGCGUUUUGAUCCUCUACAGACAUCUCUGGACUGGAGUCCUUCCCAUCCUGAGACAGACGGACAACAACCACACGUUUUCACCCUCAGGGAUGAAAUAUGCAACGGCUGUGAGAAGAGCACCCACAUUCUGAAGUCCAAAGUGGUUUUAAGUCAUGAUGCAGGAGUCGGCCACAGAGACAAUAAGCAACAGUUCAAUGAGUCAAAAUGGAAUGAGCAGCCUGAGCAGCCUAUGCAGCCAAUUAGAUGCUGGCAGUAGAGAUGGAAGAUCAAGCGGUGACACGAGCAGCGAAGUAAGCACAGUCGAGCUGCUGCAUCUCCAACAACAGCAGGCCCUACAAGCAGCGAGGCAAUUACUCUUACAACAGCCAGGCAGUGGCCUGAAAUCUCCAAAGAACAACGACAAACAGCGUCCACUGCAGGUGCCGGUGUCGGUGGCCAUGAUGAGUCCCCAGGUGAUCACCCCCCAGCAGAUGCAGCAGAUCCUCCAGCAGCAGGUCCUAUCCCCUCAGCAGCUCCAGGCCCUGCUCCAACAGCAGCAGGCUGUGAUGCUGCAGCAGUACUGUGCGAGGCCAUUUAAAGUCCAUAUGGAGAAGACAUGGCGGGAGAGCGAGACUACACAACAUCUGCAGGAGUUUUAUAAGAAACAACAGGAGCAGCUACACCUGCAGCUUUUACAACAGCAGCAUCCUGGAAAGCAAGCAAAAGAGCAACAGCAGCAGCAGCAGCAUCAGCAGCAGCUCGCCGCCCAGCAGCUCGUCUUCCAGCAGCAACUCCUCCAGAUGCAACAGCUCCAGCAGCAGCAGCACCUGCUCAACAUGCAGCGCCAAGGCCUGCUCUCCCUGCCCCCGGCCCCAGGACAGGCAGCCCUCCCCGGGCAGACCAUGCCACCAGCUGGACUGAGCCCAGCAGAGCUCCAGCAGUUGUGGAAGGACGUGACCGGCGGUGGCCACAACAUGGAGGACAACGGCAUCAAACACGGCGGCGGCGGCCUGGACCUGACCACUACCAACUCUUCCUCGACUACCUCCUCUACCCCUUCCAAAGCGUCACCUCCCAUCUCCCACCACUCCAUCGCCAACGGCCAGUCUCCCGCACUCAAUUCCAGAAGGGAGAGGGAGCGAGAGAGGGAACGGGAACGGGAGAGGUACGGAAACUCAUUACAUGAGGAAACCGGAGCCUCCCACUCCCUCUAUGGUCACGGGGUGUGCAAGUGGCCCGGCUGCGAGAGCGUCUGUGAGGACUUCGGACAGUUUUUGAAGCACCUUAACAAUGAGCAUGCUCUAGACGACAGGAGCACGGCCCAGUGUCGAGUCCAGAUGCAGGUGGUACAGCAGCUAGAGAUACAGCUUUCUAAAGAACGUGAGCGUCUUCAGGCGAUGAUGGCCCACUUGCACAUGCGGCCCUCGGAGCCCAAGCCAUCUCCAAAACCUCUGAACUUGGUAUCGAGCGUCACCAUGUCGAAGAACCUGCUGUCGGUGUCCCCUCCGAACGUACCUCAGACCCCCACCACGCCCAGCGCCCCCGUGACACCCAUGUCCCAGGUGCCCCAGGUGCCCUCCCUGCUCAGCGCCGCCAACGUCCCCAGCAUGGGCGCCAUGCGCAGACGUCACUCCGACAAGUACUCCAUGCAACUGUCUUCAGGUGGUGACACAGUAUUUAUUUUUCCAGAGAUCGCCCCAAACUAUGAGUUUUAUAAGAAUGCCGAUGUCAGACCGCCAUUUACUUAUGCAACCCUCAUAAGGCAGGGUAUCAUGGAGUCAGGCGACAUGCAGUUAACGCUUAAUGAAAUCUACAGCUGGUUCACGCGCACAUUCGCUUACUUCAGACGCAACGCAGCUACUUGGAAGAACGCCGUUCGCCACAACCUCAGUCUGCACAAGUGCUUUGUGCGCGUGGAGAACGUGAAGGGGGCCGUGUGGACGGUGGAUGAGAUGGAGUACCAGAAACGCAGGUCUCAGAAGAUAACAGGGUGUAGAAGCCCGACGCUUGUGAAGAACCUUCCCUCCAGCCUGGGCUAUGGAGCUGCUUUAAACGCCAGCUUACAGGCGGCGCUGGCUGAGACCUCCCUGCCUCUGCUGGGGAACCCUGGUCUGAUGAACAGCAGUUCGUCUGGCUUGAUGGGAGGCAGUCCUCAUGGUCUAAUGGGCGGGAGCCCCCCUGGUAUGCUGGGCGGUAGCCCCCAUGGAUUGAUGGGUGGUAGCCCACAUGGAUUCAUGGGCGGGAGCCCCCAUGGGUUGAUGGGUGGCAGCCCCCCAGGAAUGAUGGGUAGCAGCCCCCCAAGCCUGCUCCAGUCCGACUUGAACGGAUCGCUGGAUCACCUGGACACCAACGGCCACAGCAGCCCUGGAGGAUACUCCCCACAGGCACACAUGCCAGCGAUCCACGUCAAGGAGGAGCCGUUGAACAUGGACGACGAUGACUGUCCGAUGUCACUGGUGACGACAGCCAACCACAGCCCAGAGCUAGACGAAGACCGGGAGCUGGAGGAGGGCAACCUAUCAGAUGACCUGGAGUGACUACUGGAGUCCCUCCCACUACUACAGGCCCCUCCCUCCACCUCCGUCACACUGUCCUCCUACCUGUUUCCUCACAGGCUGUCCUCCUAGAACCUGCUAGAACCAGAACCACUCCUCACCCAGAACCAAACAAAACCAACAGAACAGACCACAGCUGACUCUCCUCCCUCCCGACCCGCGGACUGGAGUAUUUAUUGAGCAUGCAUCCGGAAGACGAGGCCCAAAGGAACUCUUUGUUGCAGCCCUAUGGGAUCCCUGACUGAACAUGACAGGCAUGAGAUGUCUGGUUUUUAAAACGACUUUCAGACCUGUUUCAUUAAGAUGGCUUGGCCACUACAUACACACAGACACACACAGAGGCUCAUGGACGGAAAACGACAAAAACACGAGUCUGGGAACCCGUUCUGUAGAAAGCUAACGGCCUCAUAUACUGCCAAAAAAAAGAUGUUUAAUUUUGUGAAUAUCAAAAAACCCUCAUAGUAGUUGUUGAUGUUAGAAACAAUUGCUGGUUCAAUUCAAACGUUGUUGCUCUGUCCAUCAUUUGCACAGGAGUAGUAUCAGAAAUUAGUGUCACUGCCUGUAUGUUGCAAAAAUUCUUAAAAAACGGUUAUUUUUUUUCUUCUUUUUGCGUUCUACUUUUUGUAUUCUGAUUUCUGGCACCACCAACUGUAAAUGCCAUUUCCUAUUUCCCAACAGUAACAGAAGCACGGUAUCAAGACUGUUGCAGCUGUCAAAAAAGUUGGCUUCCAGUCUGAACCUGUUUGUGAUGAAAAGUAAUUAACGUGACAUUAAGUUUGAAUAACUUAACUGUUUGUGUAAGCACCAACCAAUACGGGAAAAAAAUGCAUUUCUGCAUAUUCUUCUGCUGUUCUCUUUUACCUCCUUGUUCUAAAGCUUUGUCUACCUGCAAACAGUCACAGGCAACAGCUAGAAACCAAAGCCAACACUAUCAAUGGCCAAUAGCUUAGACAGAAGCCACCAGACUCUUUGGUCAGCCUUCUGUGACUUUAACUAGUAUAAAGAGAAGCUUUCCGCGAACUACCUUCUAAAUAACCUCUGGGAUCGUUUCAUUUAGCCCUGUACAAAGAUGAUUCAAGAAAAAAAAAAUACAAGAUUUUGAUGUGUAAUUUGAUAACUUGUAGUGUCCACUUGGAGUUUAGGGCGAAAGAGGAGAGGAGAGGAGAGGAGAUGU